GUGCGUUGCCCUGGGUGCAUGUUUGAGCUAGCUCUCUUUUCCCGAAGAGCACUGAAAUGCGGCCCAUGGCGAGUCGAGAGUUCCAUUCAGCGUGAAAGGCGGCAACAACAUCUAUGAAGUGAAAGAAUAUUGUGUGGGUUCUGAUGAAACCAACAGCGUUUUUCUUUUGAAAAGGUAGAAAGGACACGACGCCCCUUGUCUGCAGAACAAGAAUGAGAACCUGCGGAGUGCAACAAGUCGAUCGCUGCUGGCACAUGGCUGCCAUUGCCUUCGCUGCGCAACUGCUGAUGUCGUUCCCCGACCGAUGUUCUGGGUUCCUGUAUGUGGGCUACAUGGACGUCUACCAGGUCGACCGACAGCAGGCUGGCUGGCCACAGAGCGUCUCUUUCAUCGUCAACUUCUCGGCAGGUUUGCUCGUCUCGGGGCUACAAGUGUACCUUUCACUUAGGAGCAUCGCUAUGCUUGGGGCCCUUCUGACGUGGACAGGACCGAUUGCUGCAAGUUUUGCCGAGGACAUAAAUGCGGUAACAGCAUGCAUGGGAUUCAUCCACGGACUCGGAUCAGGCAUCUUCUUCGUGGCCAUCUCGAUAUCCCUAAUGAUGUACUUUGAUCGAUAUCGGGGCAUCACCAGCGGCAUAAAGAACCUCGGUGGUACGGCAGCCUCCGUCACGUUUCUUACCCUGAUGCUGUUCAUCCAAGGCCUUUAUGGUUUCAGAGCUUGCCUUCUCCUAUACGGAGGGCUCGCAAUGCACCUCACAGCUCUCGGUAUGCUCACGAAGGAACCACCUUGGAUAAGUAGGAGUAGCACGUCGGAAGCCAGCAGCCCCGCAGCCAGAUUCCAAGAAAAGUACGGUGACAAUGCUGCUGUGUGUGAGGAGGGCGCAGUUGACACUUCGGACGAAGGAAUGAGCCACCGUCUUAACGAAGCUGACAACACAAGAAAUUCGCAUGCGAAGGAGCGACUGGACAUGCGAAAGAUUUUCACGAAUCCCGUGUUUUACGUCAUCGUCUUGUCCGGCGUGACUGGUUAUUACACGCAGAACAUCUUUUUCGCGACGAUCGUGGACUUCGCAAGGGACAAGGGCUUUUCUCUCAAAGAGUCAGCGAGCGUCAUGGUGUAUUUCGGCUUCACGGAGACCGUCGGGAGAUUGUGCCUACCUCUCGCGGCUGACAGAGGCCUUGUUCGGCACAGCACGCUUAUGGCUGGCAGUUUCGCGGCUAUGGCUGCUUCCAUGAUUCUGGUGGAACGAGGCAGUACGUUGUUGACCCUGACUGUGGGAGCAUCGCUGUUUGCUGCCUUCUUCGGAGCGGCUGUCACCGUAGAGGGUGUGGUGAUCGCUAACUACCUGGGAGUGGGCUGCAUGUCCUUCGUGUUCGGCUUCACAGGAGCUGUCAGCGUGCCCUUCUUUUUUGCGAACCCAUUUGUUCUGGGUUUCUUCCGAGACCUUGUCGGUUCGUAUCACCACCUGUACAAGAUACUUGCCGUGUCUUAUCUUCUCAUCGGGCUGACUUGGAUACCUGUACUAUGGCGUGACCACCGCAUCUACUCUACCUGCAGUGGCAUUGCACCCAAAACGCGGAAGCAAGUUAAACACUGCCACACGUAAAAGCGGCUCUCUGAUAAAUGCACGGAUUGCCCGGAUGCAUGUGAGAGUGGCACAACCGAGUCAGCGUAAAAAGUGUACAAGUGGCACUUUUUCUCAGUGUACUCACGGUGGUGUGUACAGCCGGUUUUGUUUAUUCGUUGAAUGAUGUUGCGAGCUAUUUAUGGGCCACUGAUGACUUCCUUAUUCGUGCAUUUAUUUUGUCAUUAGUGGAUUUUAUUAUGCGCUUCAUAGAACGCUUUAUUUUCAGUUUUUGCGAUAACAUUAUACUAAAUGUAUUUGGCUCAGUCACUGCGAUUCAUGCCACGUUUUUUUUUUUUAUUUACGGUGACAGCUGAACCGCGCAACACAUUUUGCUGUGUUUUUGUGUUCUGUCAGGCUGCGGCGUUCGUUCUCUUGUAAUCUAUUAAUUGUUUCUUCAGUACAUGAUGUCAUCUCUGCCUUUGUUUCGCGUCUUGUCGCAGUCGCCAUGGCGCUGCCAUCGCCGUCGUAUAGUCACCAUCUUGAUCGCCCUCUUUGUCACUAGCUGUCGGUCUGGCCCCAUCGUCAUGAUCCUAGCGCCAUAGUCCUGAUGUUGCGGCAGUCAUCUGUCAUCGUCAUCCCUACACCACAAUCACUCUUGCAUAAAUUGAGUUUCAAAUAUUAUUUUUGCCUACUUCGGGUGUAUUGAACCCAUCCAUCCAUCCACCCAACCCACCCACCCACCCACUCAGCUACACACCGCUUCUCAGCUAUAUAUAUACACACUGAACGACGUGCACUUGGUGUUGUUCACAUACGAGGAUCUGCCUUUAAUUAUAUCUCGGUGCUUUACAGCUGGGACAUCCUGUGUACUGGAAAAGAAGAAUGAACAGCAGUAUCCUAACUUGGAGCAAAUACCUAAAUUUUGUUAAAUAUAGCUCGGUCACUUUUCACGGGCUAAUGACGUGGGCAGCCCGCUGGUCGUAUACCGCACGCAUGCGUAGUGGGCGGAGGCUUCGUGCUCGCGCGCGUCAGUUGCUGGGCUGAGUGGAGCAGGUGCGGGAACAGCGUGAGGCUUGCAGAGAGAGAGAAAAAAAGGAAGUGGUGACGCGGCCUCUAUUCCUAACAGCUGCCGAUGCCACCAUGGAGGAUGAUACUCGCACACUGCAGAGUUGCCACGUCCCGCCGCCGGCUCCAUUCAGCAGGAAAAACUGAACGUUUCUUUCCAGUGGCGUACACCACUACUGACCAACUUGACUGCAAUGAAAUAAUUGUUCACUAAAGCAAGUGAGAGUGCUGGUCGACGCUGGAAAACUUGCAGUUUUGCAACGCAUAGAGCGGAGAUUCAUGGCGUUUGACAUUCUAACCAGGGAUAGAAUGAAAGGCGAGCAUAACGCGUUAUCCUUGAAGGAAGCGCGCAUAACAGUGGUGUUAUGCCUAAUUAAUAAAAGACAUUCCCGCUAUUCGGUGAACAAGACAUACAGGAGGAAAACGAGAUGAAGCAAAUUUGGUGCAUAAAGAAGGCGCUGUUGUUCCCAGGUUCCAGGUUGUAUGCAAUCAUCAUCAUCAUCAUCAUCAUCAUCAUCAUCGGCCUGGUUACCCCCGUUGCAGGGCAAAGGCCUCUCCCAUAUUUCUCCACAACAACAACAACUCCAACAACAUUGUAUGCAAUAGCCCUUAUCAAAACGACGUACAACCUACCAAUAGUUCUACAAUAUUUUAAUUAGGGAGUUCUCAGUUAUCUUCGAUCUCCUUUAUUACCAGCAGAAAAAGAGUAAUAUGACAAAGAAACAAUGCCAAAAUUCUGUUGAACAAUUGUCGCCUGUCGAUCAAAAAUAGUCAUUGUCGUCUUGCCCUGCAACGCUACCAAGUGGUCGACAAUAGCAUUGUAUUUAUUUAUUUAUUUAUUUAUUUAUUUAUUUAUUUAUUUAUUUAUUACAAACUGCAGACCACAACAGGGUCCCAGCAGAACAGGCACAUCAUAGUAGCUGUAAAACAGGAAUAAGAAUGCGGAACACAAGGCAGCACAGAUGGCUGAAAGAAAAAUGUGCUAUUAAAAUUACGAAGAAGUUGUAAGAUGGUUCCAUUCAAAUAUGGUACGUGGGAAGCAAGAAAAUUUAUAGCAGUUAGUUUUAGCAAAAUAUGACAUUAGUGACUGCGUGUGAUUGUGUCCGGUAUGUCGGGUGGACAUAGGUGAUAAGCAUAAAAAGGAGUCUAUUGCGAGUUUACGAUUCAGUAGCAAUUGAAGAAAGUAAAGGCGAGAUUUACUUCUUCGAUCAUCAAGUGUUUCAAUAUUGUUAGUCGCCAUAAAAUCGGUAGGAGAGUCAGCUGUUUGAAAUUUUGAAUA